AUGAAUCCAUUAAUAAUAGUAUAAUAAAUAAACGUAAAUCAAUAAUGCCGCCAAAAACUGGUGGGAAGGCAGUGAAGAAGGCUGGUAAAGCCCAGAAAAGUAUUAAUAAAGCUAACAAGAUGAGACGUAGGAGGAAGGAAAGCUACGUUAUUUACUAUUUUAUUAUUUAUAAAGUUUUGAAACAAGUGCAUCCAGGUACUGGUAUUUCUAGUAAUGCCAUGAGUAUCGUGAACAGUUUUACAAAUGAUGUUUUUGAACGCAUUGCAGCAGAAGCAUCUCGCUUGGCGCACUACAUUAAACGAUCGACAAUUACUUCUCGAAAAAUUCAAACAGAAGUACGUUUGCUUCUUCCUGGAGUGUUGGCUAAGCAUGCGGUUAGUGAAGGAACUAACGCCGUUACGAAAUACACCAGCUUAAAAUAAACAAAUGAUUACUUCAACUACUGGCCCUUUUUAGGACCACAAAUGUUUAACUUAUCGUGAGAACUUAUCCUUUUCUAUAUUUUCCGUUCAUAUGUAUUUUUACCAUUUUAUAACCCACUCACAAAUUAUUAUUGGAUUCAUUCAGAAAAUGAGCCUUAAUGAAGAAAUCUUUUAAAAAAUUUAGUUCGAAGGUAUGUACAGGAUACACGUAUGUAUAUAUACCAGUUUUAAUAUUAAUUAAAAUAAAUUCCUAAUGUUUUAUAUGCGAAAAAUGUAUAUACAUCAAGUAACAUGUUAAAGUCGCAUAAUUGUACACAAAGAUAAUUUAUGACUUUUUGAUUAGUGAUUAGUGAUAGCAAUAGAGAUUAAUGAUAUUUCAUUUAAAUGAAAUUGAAAAUAUUAACCAUUUCAAGUAGUUUAAUAAAUUAGAAAAUGGAAAGUCAAUAUCAAAAAUGUUUACACGGUCCUGGCCAAGAUUUUAUAUCCUUAUGUUAAUUAUAUUUCGAUCUUGAAAUAUCGUAAACUAGUAUUAUAGAGAGGUCUAAGAAAUAGCAAGUGUUUCUUUUCUCCAUUGAUAAUACCCGAUACGAAAUAUCGAAUUUCUAAAACGAAUUGUAAAUGAAAUAAACAUGUUGGUCGUCGUUCUACAAAGCUGCUUACAAGAAUUAUUGGAAUUAAUGACACAACGCGACAUUAUUUUUAGAAAUUUCGAAAAUGUAAAUAAUAAUUUUAAGUAAUAAUUAUAUAAUAGUAAGUAAUAAUUUUUGUACUUAAAAUUAUAAUUUUCAAAUUAAAAUCAUAGUUCUUCAGGAAUUUGUAAUUAAAAUUCGAGUUGAUUUAAUAUCAACGUCAAAUAAUACAAAUUUUCGAAUUUAUAUUAUUUAUAUUAUUUCGAAUUUAUCGAGAAUAUGUAAUAUGAGGAUAGAUUUGGGCAACUUAAAAUUGAUGACUAGGUUAGGUUUUUUUAUUAUCGUGUAAAAAAAUAAAAAAGAUGAAAACGAA